AUGUCAUAUAGUACCUCACUUGAAUCAUUGGGAGAUUCACAAUCACCACCAAAAGAUGGAGAAGAGUGUUUAAAUGUAUUGAAUCCUAUCAUUGAUUUAAAUGCAAAUACUAAUGAAGAACCACUAACAAAUGAAUCAACACCGGCAAAUGAAGUUGUGAAUGAAGAAAAUGUUGAGAGCAGUGACAUUGUUAUUCAAAAGUCCAAGAGGAAGAAAACUUCUCUAGUUUGGGAUCACUUCAAAAAAGUGGAAUUAAAGAAUGGAAAAAAAUGGCAAUGUAUACACUGUAAAAACAAUUAUUUUGUUGUUGCUAGUGGAUCAACCAGUCAUUUGAUGAGGCAUUUAAAACAAACAUGUCAUGUUUACAAGAAGCUAGUAGCACAACAAAAAAAAUUAAACUUUCAGCCAACAAAAAGCAAGAUUGGUGAGAAGCUUUCUGGACCACUACUAAUGAAUUCAGGAGGUAAAUAUGACCAUGAAAGACAACGAGAAGCCACCGCACAUUGGAUUAUGAUGCAUGAACAUGCAUUUAGUAUUGUUGAGGAAGAAGGUUUUCAUUUUAUGAUGAAGUGUUAUAAUAUUUCAUAUGAGAAAAUUAGUCGGAAGACAUUGAAGAAUGAUUGUAUUGUUGUUUAUGAAGCUGAAGGAAAAAAGUUGAAGUCUACUUUAAGGACAGUAAAUAAGAUUUGUUUAACCACUGAUUUAUGGAAGUCACAAAAUCAGAAGAUAGAAUACAUGGUGUUAACUGGCCAUUUCAUUGAUGCUGACUGGGUUUUGCAGAAAUGCAUUCUUAGUUUUGUUCAUGUUCCUCCUCCUCGGCGUGGUGUUGAUAUUGUUGAUGCUAUAUUCAAAUGUCUUAAAGAUUGGGGUAUUGAAAAUAAAAUAUUUAGUGUGUCAGUGGAUAAUGCACAUUACAACGAUAGAUGUUUGAAAGAGUUAAAAGUUCUGAUUUUAAGGCACCGGAAAUUAGUGUUAGAUGGAAAGUUAUUUCAUGUGCGUUGUUGUGCGCAUAUACUAAAUUUGCUUGUUCAAGAUGGUAUUGGGAAAAUAGCAAAAAUAGUUGAAGACGUGCGUGAAAGUGUGAAGUUCAUCAAUCAGUCUGAAGCAAGGUUGCAAAUAUUCUCACAAAUAGUUCAACAACUAAAGCUUGGUGGUAAAAAAUUAAUUCUUGAUUGCCCUACUCGUUGGAACUCCACCUAUCAAAUGUUGUCAGUUGCAAUGCAGUUCAAAGAAGUCUUCCCUCGUUUUCAAGAUCGAGAACCAAGCUAUACAACUCUUCCAGAUGAUGAUGAUUGGGAAAAGGUUGAAAAAGUUUCCAAGUUGCUAGAGGUAUUUAAUGUUGUUACAAAUAUUAUUUCAGGUAGUGAAUAUCCAAUUGCUAACUUAUAUCUUGCUGAGGUAUUUCGAAUCAAACUAGUUUUAGAUCAAGCUAUCCAAGAUGAAUAUGAUUUUAUGAAAGAAAUGGCAAAAGCGAUGAAGGGAAAAUUUGACAAAUAUUGGAGCCAAUGUAAUCUUGUUAUGUCGCUUGCUUCUGUUUUAGACCCUAGGAUCAAAAUGAUGGGUGUUAACAUGUGUUUUCCCUUAAUUUAUCCGGAAGUUGAUGCUAGAAAAAAUAUAGAAAAUGUGUGUAUCGCGCUUGAUGAUAUGUACAAAGAGUAUGCUGAUAUACUUAAUGAGCAUUGGUGGUCAUUGUUAAUGAAUUAUAUCGAAGAACAACAAGCAAUUCCUGCUGUAAAAUCUGAAAUUGAAGAGUAUUUGAAUGAGCUAACUUACAAACCUAAAGAUAACGACCAUAUGUCAUUCUGUGCCUUGGAAUGGUGGAAAUUGAAUUGUGGAAAAUAUAGAGUGUUGUCCCAUAUGGCAGCAGAUGUUCUUGCCAUUCCAAUAUCUACUGUGGCUUCGGAGUCAACCUUUAGCACCGGAGGGAGAGCUAUCGAUUCAUUUCGAGCUUCUUUAAGUUCAUCUACUGUCGAAGCUUUAAUUUGUGGUGGUGAUUGGCUUCGAAUAUUGCAUGGAAUUAGGAACAAACCUAAGGUGGAGCAAGUGCAAACAAAAAUUACAUUACUCCCUUGA